AUAAGGCUAAUCGGAGGACCAAAUCCUUACACUGGUAAUGUUGAAGUACAAUUCAAUAAUACUUGGGGUCCAGUUUGCGAUGAUAAAUUUGACAUCAAAGCAGCCAAUGUUACUUGCAAACAACUUGGGUUUGUAAAUGCUCGAAGUUGGGCUUGUUGUUCCAAGUACGGUAGCAAAAUGAAUAACUAUUGGCUAGAUGAUGUAGUCUGCGUUGGCAAUGAGUCGGCUUUAUCCGAGUGCCAACAUAAAGAAUGGGGAAGUUCCAAUUGCCUUAAUUAUGAGGUUGUUAGCGUUGAAUGUCAAGGCAAUUGGUUCCGAAUAAGUGGCAAUAGCAACAUUAACGGUACUGGCUAUGUAGAAGUCUACCAGAAUGGUUAUUGGGGAACUAUAUGUAACACUGGCAUAGAUUUUACCGCUGCAGUGGUGCUAUGCAGAGCGGCUGGUUAUGGCAAUGUAACAACUAUUUAUUCUUCAUCGAUGUACGGAAGUGGCAAAGGGAAAAUCUUAUUCGAUAAUUUGCAAUGUAAUGGCGACGAAACUACACCUCUCAAUUGCUUACGGAAUGUACCGGCUAAUUCUAAUUGUACACACGACAUGGAUGUGACCAUCGAAUGCAACAUUCCAACUUCUGGCUCUGUUCGAUUAGUCAACGGCAGUAACCCAUUAAGUGGACGUGUUGAAGUUUAUUUAAAUAAUAACUGGUCUACAGUCUGUCUUAACCAAUCUUCUAUCCAAGAUAUGAAAGUCAUUUGCAAACAAAUGGGCUAUAUAUUUGCUAAUGCAUUCCCAACGCCGGUAUUUGGCCAAGGUAAUACUGCUACUAUCUAUCAGCUUAAAUGUACUGGUACUGAAAAUUCAGUUAAAGACUGUCCAGCUGUAGCGGUUACUAAUCAAGGUGGUUGCACUCAUCAGUGGGACUUAAGUCUUGCUUGCUCAGGACCAUCUAAGCAAGGCGAUGUUCAACUCAAGAACGGAGUUAAUGCUACUGAAGGUCGCGUGGAAGUAUACGUUGGUGACCGUUGGGCGACAUUAUGUGAUAAAGUAGCUACAAUUAAUGACGGCAAAGUCAUCUGCAAUCAGUUAAAUUUGACCUUUUCUCGAUAUUUACCCAAAGCCUACUUUGGUAGAGGUAAUAGCUCAGCAGCUAUCGUAUCAACUAGUUGCACUGGUAACGAGAUAAGUUUGAGAGCCUGCAAUAUGAAAACACUCACCAGUGCUAGUGGUUGUACUCAUGCGAAUGAUGUCAGCAUUUUAUGCAGCAUAUCUGACACUGAGCCAUUAAGGCUGCUUGGUGGACCAAAUCGAUACUCUGGAAAUCUUGAAGUAUUUUUCAAAGGUAGAUGGGGAUCAGUUUGUGAUGACCGAUUUGAUCUUAAGGAUGCAAACGUUGCCUGUAGGCAACUUGGAUUUGCGAGUGCUAAGGACUUUGCCUGUUGCUCAAAAUAUGGCUCAAAGGUGACCCCAUACUGGCUAGAUGAUCUUGACUGCACAGGCACUGAAACAGCAUUAUCUUUAUGUAAGCAUAGUGCUUGGGGAGUUGCAAACUGUGGAAAUCUUGAAGUUGCUAGCAUAGAAUGCCAAGGAAAUUGUGGUACUAGCAUCAUUAGUGGUACUGGAUUCGUCGAAGUUUACCAAAAUGGGGCUUGGGGCACAGUAUGCAAUAACAAUAAUGUCGAUAUUACUACUGCAUCAGUCUUAUGCAGAGCUGCUGGUUACGGUAAUGCGACCAACGUAUAUUCAUUCCCUAUCUAUGGAAAAGGCAAAGAAAAAAUACAAUUUGAUAGCUUAAAAUGCUUUGGUCACGAAACAUCUCCAAGUGAUUGCACCCGCCGAGUCCCAGCUCUCGCUAAUUGUACCCAUGACAUGGACUUGGCCAUCAAAUGUAGCAAUUCUACAGUCAUUGGAAUCCGCUUGACAGGCUCAUCAAUAUAUAGUCAAGGUUUGGUCGAAGUAUACAAUGGCCAGACUUGGGGUAAAGUUUGUAAUAGCUUCUGGCAAUUCCAAGAUGCUCAAGUAGCAUGUCGACAACUUGGAUUUGCCGAUACGCAAUUACGUAGCCAAUGCUGUGGUAAUAGUUCUAUGACCACAAUCAUUGGAAAGAUUGGGUGUACCGGUAAAGAGCCAAAUCUCGCCAAUUGCACCCAAAGCAAUCUUGCCGGGGAUAUAAGUCAAUGUUCUACUACUAUGGGUGCUCAAGCAUUCUGCGUUGGUAAUUUGCUGAUACUACUGUGA